AUGUGUGGUGUUAUCGCUCUGAUCUUGGCGAACCCCUCGUCCGCCGCCGCCGUUGACCUCCACGAGGCUCUAUACCUACUUCAGCAUCGCGGUCAAGAUGCCGCAGGUGUCGCAACUUGCGCAUCCGGGGGUCGCAUCUACCAGCUCAAGGCCAACGGCAUCGCCGCUCGUGUCUUCCAGGAUGGUGCCAGAGUCGCUGAUUUGCCCGGUUCCAUGGGUAUUGGCCACCUGAGAUACCCCACCGCCGGCAGCAGUGCCAACGCGGAGGCUCAGCCCUUCUACGUGAACAGCCCCUACGGUAUCUGCUUGGCUCACAACGGCAACUUGAUCAACGCCCCCGAGCUGAAGAGGUAUCUGGAUCUCGAGGCUCACCGUCACAUCAACACCGACAGUGACAGUGAGCUGAUGCUCAACAUCUUCGCUGAUGAACUGAGCGAGACCAAGAAGGCCCGUGUGAACCGGGAAGAUCUCUUUGCUGCUCUGGGUAGAAUGUACUCGCGUUGCGAGGGUGGAUGGGCUUGCACGCUUAUGCUGGCAGGCUUUGGUAUCGUGGGUUUCCGUGACUCGUACGGUAUCCGUCCGUUGUCUCUUGGUUCUCGGCCGUCUAUCGAUGGCGAGGGCAUGGACUACAUGAUGGCGUCUGAGUCGGUUGCUUUGCAGCAGCUGGGUUUCACCAACAUCCGGGACAUCCAGCCGGGUGAAGCUGUUAUCAUCGAAAAGGGUGGCGAGCCUGUGUUCCGUCAGGUGGCUCCUAAGAAGGCCUACGCCCCUGAUAUUUUCGAAUACGUCUACUUCGCUCGUCCCGACUCCGUCAUUGACGGAAUCAGCGUCUACCGUAGUCGGCAACGCAUGGGAGACCGUCUGGCCGCGCGGGUUCUCAACGUUCUCGGGCCUGAUGCCGUCAAGGACAUUGACGUCGUCAUUCCUGUCCCCGAGACCUCUACUACUUCGGCAGCUGCUGUGGCUCGGUACUUGGACAAGCCUUACUGCCAAGGCUUCGUCAAGAACCGUUACAUCUUCCGGACAUUCAUCAUGCCUGAGCAGAAGACCCGGCAAAAGGGUGUUCGUCGAAAGCUGAACGCCAUGCAAGCUGAAUUCAAGGACCGAAAUGUCCUUCUGGUGGACGACAGUAUCGUCCGUGGUACCACAAGUCGGGAGAUCGUCUCGAUGGCCAGAGAAGCCGGCGCUAAGAAUGUCUACCUGGCCAGCUGCUCGCCCGAGAUCACACACGCCCACAUCUACGGUAUCGACCUGGCCUCUCCCUCCGAACUUAUCGCCUUCAACCGCGACAUCGACGGCAUCUCGCGCCACAUUGGCGCCGAAAGAGUCAUCUAUCAAACCCUCGACGACCUCAAGGGAUCCUGCGCCGAGAUCGCACGCGAGAACGGCCUUUCCGAGCCUCAAGACUUUGAAGUCGGAGUUUUCUGUGGUUCAUACGUCACCCCCGUUUCCGACGGCUACCUCAACCACCUCGAGCGCAUCCGUGGCGAAGGUCGCAAGGUCAAGGCCCUGGACAAGGCCAAGGAAGCCGUUGCACACGGAUACGCCAGUGAACGGGACUUCCAAAUCGCCGCCAACGGCGUCAAGCUCGAUGGAACCGGGAAAAUUAUCCCCGCCGACUCGCCGAACGACUCGGAAGUCCCGGCAGUCGGCAUGAGCGCCGUCCGUAACGGAGGCGUCAACCACGUCGAGCACCCCGCCGUCAAGGACCGGAUGGAUAUUAGCAUCCAUAACAUUGGUGACCAUUCAUGUCGCAGCCACAGUCAGAAGAAUGAACCCAGCGCGAAAAAACAAAAGACAACCAACUCGAAAACAGAAACCAACGACCUCCCCCAUAAUCUAGGCUCCCUGCCUACACCUCUAACACCAGAGAGCAACACCGGCAUCAAACGCGAACAGCUAGCCGACCUAGCAACUGAACUCCAAUCCACCGUCGACAGAACCACCGAAACCAUCCACACCCAACAACAACCCACCCCCCAAAAGCCGAAAAAGAAUACAUACGGCCUAACCCCCGGCCUGACCCCCUUCCCAACAUACCCCCGCCCAACACCCACCGAAUGCGAACAAGUCGCCCGCCUCCUGACAACCGUCCACGGCGAGAUAACACCCCCAACAACCCUCCCCGAACCCUCCCUCACAGUAACCGGCUGCGGCGAGGUGCCCUCCGUGCUCGACGCGCUAAUCCGCACGCUUCUCAGCGGUGCUACUACGGGGAAGAACUCGGCUAUGGCAUUUGAUGGGCUUGUGCGGAGGUUUGGGAUUCUGAGUAAGGGGAUUGGGAAGGGGAGUGUGGAUUGGGAUGCCGUGCGACGGGCGUCGGUGGGGGAUGUGUUUGAGGCGAUUAAGAGGGGUGGGUUGGCGGAUGUGAAGAGCAAGAAUCUUAAGAGGAUUCUGGAUUUGGUGUAUAAGGAGAAUCAGGAACGGCGGGACAUCCUGACCAACACCAACACCAACAACCCGGACGGUAUUAAGUCAGAAUCACCCGCCAGCAAAGACUAUGAAAUCGCCUGCGCAGAAGAGAACGUCCUCUCCCUAAACCACCUCCACCACCUCUCCACCCCCACCGUAAUGACCCAUCUAACCAGCUACCCGGGCAUCGGCCCAAAAACCGCCGCCUGCGUGAUCCUCUUCUGUCUACAACGCCCGUGCUUCGCCGUCGACACGCACAUUUUCCGCAUCAGCAAGUGGCUGGGCUGGUUGCCUCCUGACACUACCGGCAGUAAAGUGAACGAGGUAACAGCGUUUGGGCAUUUGGAGGUAAGGGUGCCGGAUGGUUUGAAGUACAGUUUGCAUCAGUUGUUGAUUAGGCAUGGGAAGAGUUGUGCGAGGUGUAGGGCUGGGACGGGGAGGGGGGCUGCUGGGUGGGAGGAAGGGUGUGUUAUUGAGGGGUUGGUGAGGAGAACGGGGGGGAGGAAGUAG